CCGUGAGGGGCUUGAAGCGAUCAAAUGAUAAUGGGCAUGUAAACUGUAUGUAAACAAAAAUCAUACCACAAUAUGGUGCCCCUAAGACAACGUGGGGCCCAACACACACUGCAUUGUCCGCUUGUAGGAGGCGGCAGCUCUGAUUACACAAUUACCUUUACAGUAAUUAUUGUGGAAACUGGCCCGUUGUGUCACAUGACUGUGGCAUUAUCACUGAUCCAUUCAACUCAAAAGACCGGCGAUCGCGCCUCGUCGUCUUCUGCGGCAAACCUCACCACUGCAGAGAUGGCAUUUGCUAUGCGCGUGUUGUUCCUUUGUUGUGCAAUCAGCGGGCUGUUGACUGGAGCUGAUUGUCAGGAUAAUUGGAAAGACAAAUGUCCUAAAGGAUGGAUUCAAUUGCACAAUCGCUGUUACAUCUACCAAAAUCGUGAAAGGACUUUUGCAGAUGCAGAGAGAGUCUGCAAGAGUAUUGGUGGGAAUCUGGUCUCCAUCCACAACGCCUUGGAAAAUGCACUUGUUCUUGAGCUGAUACGGCCCAGUGGAAAUCAUAGCGUCUGGAUCGGACUCAGCGAUCCAAUUCUGGAUAACGAUUUCCUCUGGACUGAUGGCACUACGGUGGAUUUCGCUAAUUUUGGUACCAUGGGUCUUGAUAAUGCGGGCAAUUGUGUUCAGAUUGCUGAAAUGGAUGGAUUUUGGCAGAACGAGCUCUGCGAUGACAGAGCCCCAUAUGUUUGCGUUCAAGAUGGGAACUGUUACGGCCGCAACGGGGCUUUUGGCCACGGCAAGGUCAACGUCAAGCGGCAGGGCUGGCACGAUUUACCCUAUGGCCGUUAAUCAUUCUACUGUCACAAAGGAGCUCCUACACUAACAAAUGUUUCCAGGCAAAUUUGUGCUGACUUCGUGCGUACGCACCCUUAAGUGACUCUUUGCCACGUGAAUAUAUUUGUAUUUUGUGAGUGCUCUGCAAAUAAAUAUGGAAA